AGAGCAGAUAUGAAGUUGCCUCUGCUCCUACUCCUCUCAGCUUUCCUCGCCAUUUUCGCUUCUCUCAAUCCCACCCGCCAGUGGUUCGGUUGGACGUCUCCGGCGGCGGACUUGGUGGUCAAGAAUGCCAAGAUAUACACCGUCGACGACUCUCUCCCCUUGGCCGAUUCCAUGGCCGUUCGCAGUGGAAGAGUUCUCCGCAUUGGAACCUACUCCUCAAUUCAGGAUAUGGUGGGAUAUGGGACCAAAGAGUUAGAUCUUAGGGGAAAAAUUGUAGUCCCUGGAUUUAUUGAUUCCCAUGUGCAUCUGAUUUUUGCUGGACUGCAGAUGAUGCGUGUAGAACUACGAGGCAUAAACUCAAAGGAUGAAUUCGUAAAGAGGGUCAAAGAAGCUGUUAAAAAUGCAAAACAAGGUUCCUGGAUUUUGGGCGGUGGUUGGAACAAUGAUCUAUGGGGAGGGGAAUUGCCAUUGGCUUCUUGGAUUGAUGAUAUUACUCCUUAUAAUCCUGUCUUUCUUUCAAGAAUGGAUGGGCAUAUGAGCUUGGCUAAUUCAGUGGCACUCAAGUUGGGUGGGAUCACUAAAUUGUCAGAGGAUCCAAAUGGGGGAACCAUCAUGAAAACCACCAGUGGAGAACCUACUGGACUGUUGAUUGAUUCUGCAAAGGAACUUAUCCUUCCACUCAUUCCAGAAGUGUCAGUAGAGGAGCGGAGGGAGGCUUUGCGUAGAGCCAGCGAUCAUGCCUUGAUGAGGGGUGUGACGACAGUUGUUGACGUUGGUAGAUACUUUCCCGGGGCGUCUGUAAAAGAUUCCUGGGAAGAUUUUUCAGAUGUGUAUCAAUGGGCUGAUCUGUCAGGGAAGAUGAUGAUCAGGGUCUGCUUAUUUUUCCCACUGGAGACUUGGUCACGUUUACGUGAUCUUAUUAACAAUGUUGGUCAAUCUUUGAGCCAGUGGAUUUAUUUGGGUGGGGUUAAAGCUUUUGCCGAUGGGUCUGUGGGUUCUCGUAGUGCACUUUUUCAUGAGCCGUAUGUUGAUGAUCCUCAUAAUUAUGGCAUACAAGUAGGAGAUUACGAAAGUCUCCACAACCUGACCUUGGCGUCAGAUAGAGCUGGGCUUCAGGUUGCAAUUCAUGCUAUAGGUGAUCGAGCAAAUGACUUGAUCCUCAACAUGUAUGAGUCAGUCAUUUCAACAAAUGGAGUAAGGGAUCGAAGAUUCAGGAUUGAGCAUGCUCAGCAUCUGACACAUGGGGCACCAGCGAGAUUCGGUAAACUUGGGAUUGUUGCUUCAGUACAGCCAGAGCACCUAUUAUUUGAUGUGGAGUCUAUGAACAAAAAGCUUGGGAUCAACAGGGCACAGAAGGGAUCUUAUUUAUUCCAGUCACUCUUGCGUAGCAAUGUAGAAUUGGUGUUUGGCUCUGACUGGCCGGUUGUAGACAUUAAUCCUUUAGGUGGUAUUAUAACGGCAAUGAAAAGGAUACCCCCUGGUUGGGAUAUUGCUUGGGCUCCAGCAGAGAGUGUUUCACUGAAUGACUCACUGAAAGCGUAUACUCUUUCAGCUGCUCGGGCAUGCUUUCUUGAUGGUGAGCUGGGAUCUUUGUCCCCUGGAAAACUGGCAGAUUUUGUCGUACUUUCCAUAUAUUCAUGGGAUGACUUUGUGGCAGAAGGAUCUGCAUCCAUUAAUGCAACAUAUGUAGGCGGUAUAGAAUCCUAUCCCUGAAAGUCUGAAACCCUAUAAUACAUGAAAGGAUUAUGUGUUGUUGUGCAGAAAAUACUCAAAAUAGGCAUGCCAAAAGAGAGAAUCGCUUACAAAUGUUGGUUAAAACUGUUUGUAUGAUUUGUGAUUUUGUACGAGUCACUCUUCACGCAUCUAUAUAUCUUGCUAUAAUUUCCGAGCGCGUUUUAAUAG